AUGGAAGCCUAUGAUAUCCUAUUUUCCAUCUGUAUUAGGCUUCCAGUUAAAUCUUUGUUACGCUUUCAAUCUGUUUCUAAGUCAUGGAAUGCUAUAAUAUCCGACAAAGAAUUCAAGAAAACUGCGUCAAGUCACAAAAAACUCUUAUUGCUACAAAAGAAUGAUGGUACAUUCGAGUUUAGAGAUUUGGAAAAUCCCCAAAUUGCAAUGGGAAAACAACAAUUUCCUCUGAAGAGAUUUAGAAAUCCUAUAGCCUUGUGCUCGUGUGAUUGUUUGGUACUAAUGAAGACACCUAUUGAUUAUAACGAAUAUGCUUUAUGGAAUCCUUGUACCAAUGAAUAUCGAACUUUUGUAUGUCAAUAUCAGAAUGGAAUGACUCCACAUGUUUGUGGAUUUUGUUAUGAUUCUAGUGACGGUGACUACAAGGGUUCUAUUGAUCUAUAA